AUGUUCUCCUCUAAGUCAAGUCUAUCAAACCCUUUCAAAGCAAAUAAGAUACUAUUUUUGGUUCUAAUUUUGGUGCUUUAUUCAAAUCAAGCACAAGCUCAAUUCAGAAUUCACUCAAUAAUCCCAUUCUUUUCAUCUUUGGCAUAUGUUGAUAAUAAGACCACGUCAGGCUAAGAUUAGUUGGUAAUGGAAAUCAACCUGAAUGCCCUCAACCUCACACGCUGGGUGAACUCAACCAGCAGACAUUAUGUGGCAUUAACCUUAGAAAUGCCAGCAGUAAAUCUUACUGCUUAAGAUUAGAUUAGAUGCAUUUUUCCAGUUAACGGAACUGGUAAUCUUUCCUUCACUUGCUAUGAUUAGACACUAAAUAAAAAUGGUUCAUACUAGAAUGAUUCUCAAUAAGAUAUUCUUUACAAUGAAACUACAAAAGGGUACAUAGUUGGCGGUCCUUACUAAGUAUACAUAGGAAAUUUUGGCGUUUAAUUCAAGAGAUUGCUGAAUAAUACUGAUAAAUACGUGGAUUUCUAACGAGAUUUAACCUCUACAUUAGAAAUAAUGACAUUGAGAUGGGAUAUAGGGAUCCUAGACAGCAAUAACAAUGAAAUAUUUCAAGAUGGAGCAGAACACUCUACCUUUAUUCAACUUUCCAAAGCAUAUAUGAUAACUAUAGGGCUUUCUCUAGUAACCCUUAGUUCUGCAUUGAUGUUCUUCUGA